AUGGAUGCUCUGACGGCCAUGCAGGGUAUGGUCGAUCUGCGACAGUUUGCGCUCUUCCAGAAGCAGCUCAAAGAUUGUGACGUCAUCCGCGUGCCAGGUACGUUUUCAGUCAUACGGUGUCCUAGAUUCAUUACCCUGUGUGCGUAAGAUGAGGACAAAUGCGACUUCAAUUUUUUCCGAAGAUGCGACCCAUCAGAAAAAGUCCCGUGCGCACGGAGGGUCAUAGUUUUUUUUUCUGGAAUCCACAACGGCAUCAUCAUACAUGCUUAUCGGUUCAUCGAGAAUAUCCUUUGAGUAGGGAGCGAGUAGGAGGAGAGAAUAUCAAAGCACUUAUGAAAAUUAGAAAUACCCAUCCGGAGACCAUGUGCAUUACCUGCGAGGAUUGCCUCCAGUAAUCUCCGGAUUUUGGCGAGAAGGGGCGGACGUGCCCCGCACCUCUCCUUCAUCUCCUACUUCUAGUCCCACUUCACCCCCGUACAUUCACCCUAUUUCAUUCGAGUCGUGAUCUUUCUUCCAUUUACGUUCCCAAUGGACACCUUCCACUAUGAAAUUCGAUGAAACAGGUAGAUGUACAAGUAGCCUGGUAUUUUUCAAACCUUCCCUUACCCCCAAUCCGACACGGUCCAGAGACUCUUUUUCAGGUGGUUUCGUGAACAACUUGCAGCCUUCUAGCAACAAUCUGCUCAGCCCGCUCAUCAAUGAAUUCCAAGAAGCGUCGUCGUCGCCGAACAACAGCGGCGAAUCUUCGCAGUCGUCGCUCUCGUCUUUUUCGUUCAGUGGUGCUAAUUUGAACGCAAAAACUGUCAAAUUCAGAGGACACAGUGUCGCUGCUUUUGAUAUUGAUGGAAAGGAAAUGAUUUGUUUGCCACAAGUAACCUAAGACUGACAUAAUAUUAUACGCGUAGUUUUUAGGUUUAUGAGAUAUUUCUCAAAAACAUGGUUGGAGGACUUCAUACAGUUUACACUAAACUCAAACGAUUGGAUAUCAACCCUACAGUAUGCAAUGUUGAGCAGGUACGCUUAACUAAGAUUCCGCCAAGCCUUAAGUUUUUCACUAACAUAAUAGUCGAGAAGCUUCCGGAUCCUUCUGAAAACAAUAAUCCCCUUUUUCCGGUGCGCGCUCUUCGCAGUUUGGGUGCUAUUCAGCCGGGUGUCAACCGGUGCAAACUGCUCGAAACGUGCGAUUUCGAGAAGUUAUACGAGGAUUGCACGAGCACGUGGUGAGUUAUGUGAAACGGGUAAACAUAUUGUUGAGUUCUCCCCGAAUAUUCAUAAUUUCUUCCCGAGUAAUCUCGCGCUCGCUCUCUCUCUCUCUCUCUCCGCGAUAAGAAGAUUUGACGAUUGCAGCACACGUCCGGGAAGACCUUCGAAAAGAGGUUUUGAUGAUUGGAGUGGAACGAACACAGCCAUCAAAAAGGAUAAGUCGUCGGAUGGUAGGGGACUUCGUCAUCGGUGCGGUGAACACAUCAUAAGGGUGUUUGUUUGUUUCAGACGCCAAAAUGAGUAUGAUCGGCAGUGGAACUUCGCGAAGCGGACCAGUGUUCAAUCAGAUGAUGCCACGGAUGACACCUCAGCAGAUUCUUAUGCAACACUUUGUUGCGCUCACUCAAAAGACUACCAAUAAUAUUAACUUUGAUGGGUUCGUUAAUAUGUUUCUGAAGUCUGUUUGAUUUGAGACCCGAUCACUGCCAAGAUCUGAUUCAUACAGAAUUUUGCAAGACUACUGAGAAUGAAAUACUAUUCAACUAUUCAAAUUUCCGAAUUUCAGAGGCGAUGACGAAAUUAACAUGCAGAACAUGCAGAGCCAGAGAGCCUGCGACGACGUAACUCCAUUGAACCUCAGCAAAAGUGGCGGCAACUCGGAGAACGAUUCGGAUUCGCUGGAGAGCAUGCGGAAGGAAGAUGUAAGAAUCCUGAAGGUCUUUUAUGAAUUAAACGCGUUGUAUUGUCAGUCGUCUCCCAACAAUUCGGUCAGCGAUCGCGGAGGUUCAAACUCGAAUUCAAUGUCGAUGGAAGGAGGCAGUAACAGCGGAAAGAACGACGAGGGAACCAUGCUGAACAAGGUGAUGUCGCUCAUCGAAAUCGCCAGUCAACAGUUCAAACAUGAGCGGGAGGAGCUGUGGAAAGAGAGAAGUACGUCAGAGAGACGUUGAUCACUACAGUAAUCCUUUCUGUUCUAGACGAGAUCCAAGUGCUCCGCGAGAGUUUUCAUAAAAUUGUACAAGAGGAGAGAGACCUACGAAAGAAGCUGGAGUCUCAAAACAGAAAAUGUGGUGAGCGCCUGACUGAAAAAAAGUUGUUUUGUCCUCUUUUCGUAAUCCCAAAACUUCUAGCCGCUUACGAGAAGCGCUACAAAUACGUGAAUCGGCAGUUGCUGUUGGUCAAUGCGGAACUGAGAAGAUACAAGGAAAGGGAGAGAGAAGAAGAGAGAUUGCAAUAA